UAGAAUCAUAACGAUAACUCACUAAAAGAAUCAAACUUGUGAAUGAAUGAUUCUAUGAAUAUAGAAAUCGUGAAGUUACACGAUCACCCCGAGCUAAUACAGGAUGUAGUCAAGAUACUUAAUCUUGAAUGGCCAAGGAGUGAAAGUGCGAGGAUACAUAGCCUCAAAGAUUCUGGAGAUGAUCUACCAUGUUCAUUAUUGCUGGUUCAUAAAUAUGAUAAUAAAAAUUUGGCUGUCAUUGGACACAACAAAAUAUCAAAAGUCCAUGGAAAUAUAAAAUCGGUGUUCAUAGAAAAUGUUAUUGUAGAGAAAACAAAAAGAGGAUUUGGUCUUGGAAAGAAGCUUAUGGAACUCACAGAACUUUAUGUGUCCAAGUUAGGAUACCAAGAUAUUUAUUUAAGCACUCAUGACAAGUGUAAAUUCUAUGAAUGCCUUGGAUAUGUAUAUUGUUCUCCAGUAUCUCCAGUAAGAGGAAAUGCAAAACUGCUGACACCAGAACAGUUUUCAGCACUUCAAGUCCAUUUUGGUGAACAAAAUGAACAGGAUUCUAAAGGAGACAGGGAAUUGCUUCCACAACAAUUACAAGAUGAAAAGCAUCCACUACUCCAACAACCAGUGAGAAAUAAAGAAGUAGAAAUACAAAGGCAAAAUAAAAAUACUUCAGAGAAUAGUCAAAAGUGGAUGAAUGAAAAGCCUCAAUCAGCAGAGCCGCCGCCUCCUCCUCCUCCUCCCCCUCAUCCACCAAGUUUACCGGUAGGAAAAGAUUCAUCCAGUAAAUAUGGAUCUGAGAAGCAAUUCUGGAUGGUUAAACAUCUAGAAUAGAUAAGUGUAUUUAAAAUAUCCUGUUAUAAAGUAAUUAAAUUAUCUAGAAAACUGGUAAAAUAACUUUUUCUUAUGAUUGUACAUAUUUUUGCUAUGUUUAAUAAAUUUUCUUUUACUGAU